AUUUGAAGAAAACAAGAAAUGAACUUUGCCAUACACCAAAUGGAAAGAUUGAAAACUCAGAGUUUUGUAAUCUUAAAAAUGAUGUUUGUAAUGCAUUGGCACAAGUUGGUGCUAAAUCAAAAGACUUUAAAAAAGUCAAAAAAGGUAUUAUAUAAUAUACUGUAUUUGUGUUUUCAUUGCUUAAAUGACAAAUUUUCAACAUCAUUUAGUAGUGUACACACUAUCUAUACCUGUUAAACUAAUAGAGAUAAAUAUGAAUGUUUGAAGAAUGUGAUCAUUGAGGCUUGUCAAUUACUCUGAUAAGCAAAAGAGGACGCAUAUUAUGGCACUUUUGACUUAUAUUGGAUGAUACAGAGGUUAUCCUAUGCUUUCUUCAAGCAUGAUGGAGUUUUGUGUGCGUAUGCAUCAGUUGCAGCUUGUUCAUUAAGGUCAGGCGUAUCAAGUUAAUAUCAUCACAGUGGUUUCGAUAAUUUCCUUUUAAUUUUUGUCACAAUAUUUUGUACAAAUGCACGCCUUUGCCACAAAAUGGUUUCUUCAUUGCUUAUUACCUCCUACUGUACAUGACUUGAGAACAUAUUACUGACACAGGUCGCUUUAAGAGCUAUUUGUUCUGACCUACUGAGGUUGUGUAAAAAUCAAACUGAGGGUUUACUUUAAUUAUUGUUUUUGUUCUUUUUCGUAUUGUUCUGAUAAUGAGGUGGAUAGAGGUUUUUGGGAACAAAAAGGUACUAAUGUUAGUGUCCUUUAUAACAUGUCCUAAUGUGAGACAUUAAUGUGCAUAUGUGUCAUUUUCAAUGUUGCACCCCCCUGACAAAUCUCCUGAUCUGCCUCUUGUGUAAUGGGCUUGUUAAUAGAUGAUGUUGGUGAGAAAGGUUGCCUCAGCAGGGGGUCUUUUGUCUUCUAGAGUUACUGCACUAAUCGGGGAGUUCUUUCAUUUGUACAUGUUACUACUUUUUGCAUUCAUCUUGCUAUUUCUUUCGUUUUUUCACUAUUGAAUCUAUUUAUAAAAAAGGGUAUAAAAAAGAGUGGGGAUCCUCGUUGUCCGCUUUAGGGUUUGAAACCAGUGUUUUGGUCCCGCUUAGGGUGAUAAUGACAAGAAUUCCCAUCAAUUGAGUUUUGUGGCCCCUUUUAGGGCAAACGACCAACCUAAGCCGUCAUCAUAUAUUUGGCAAUGAUAACAUCAUCAUAAACUCAAUGCGAGGCAACAGUCUUUGAUGCUUGUGUAAAAACACAAAUAAAAUCGAGAAAUCCCCCUCCUGCUAUAGUCUGUCUCCUUCAAGGCAUUGUGACCAGUGUAAGAAAAAAGUUCACAAAAGUUCCUCUGCAAAAUUUAUCCAUGCAUUUAUAGUCUUGGUAGCUAGAAAAUCACAAUUGGUUGGUCCCUCUUAGUGGCGAAGUUUCAUGACUGCCACGCCCAUAAAGAAUGUUAUUAGUGCAAUUGCUUGGGCUGCCUGUGAAAAAGCCUCAAAGGAGGAGGACUGUGUACCAGGAAGCCGAGGAAUUUUAAGAUCGAAGAGUAAGAGGGAUCGAGUUCUCAGAAGAUUUGGAGGCCCUUGGAAAAUUUCACAUUUAGAUGUGUUGUAACUUCACAUUUAUGUUAUGAUCAGACAUUUAAGACGAUAAUUCUUCGUUCUGAUGAAUAAUACGGCUGGUUUGUGAUGUCUAGACUGAGCUCAACGAUGCCUUGAACGACAUCCUGAUUUUCUGCAACGAAGCAUAUUUUAUAUUUUCGUACAUUUGAUCACGAAUUUCUCGUUGAGAAGAACUUCCAUCAGGAUGCUUUGAGAUGGAGGUGUAUAUGCAAAUCAGUAAAUAUUGUUAAAGGAUGCAUGAAGAAGAAAGGAAUUACUGCUUCUUGAUACUGCUCCUUUCAAGGGUAGGCCUUCCCAAGUUACGAGAUUUCUUCAUAAAUAAAUGGAAUUCUGUUGGAGGAUUUGUUCCUUGGACAGAUUGCAUUCAGAAUGGUACAGACUUGUUGACAAAGUUCACACCACUAAAUUAUGAAAAACCCAAGGUCCAGUCAGGUGACACAACAACAUGGGAUUUGUCUCUUUUUGUCAAAGCUCUGUUGAAUUCCAGACCUCCAUUUGUGCCUACUACCAAGAAAGGUUUAGUUGCUGGAUUGAAAUGUUUGAAAGAAACAAGAAACAAACUUUGCCACUCACCAAAUGGAAAGAUUGAAAACUCAGAGUUUUGUAAUCUUAAAAGUGAUGUUGGUAAUGCAUUGGCACAAGUUGGUGCUAAAUCAAAAGACUUUAAAAAAGUCAAAAAAGAUGUGGAUCAUCAACUAUUAAAUGAAUUGUUAUCGCUGGUGAAACAUUGUGCAUCACAAGAUGAAGAAAUCCUUAAACAAAUAUGUGCAAGACAAGAAGAGCUCAAGCAAGAGAUCAAGCAAGGUCAGUCAGGUCUACAACAAGGACAACAAGAGAUAAAGCAAGGUCAGUCAGGUCUACAACAAGGGCAGCAAGAGAUCAAGCAAGGUCAGGAAGGUCUACAACAAGGGCAACAAGAGAUCAAGCAAGGUCAGUCAGGCCUACAACAAGGACAACAAGAGCUCAAGCAAGGUCAGUCAGAUCUACAACAAGGACAACAAGAGCUCAAGCAAGGUCAGUCAGGUCUACAACAAGAGUUCAAGCAAGGUAUUUCAGGUAUACAGCAAGGACUGGAACAGAUUAUCAAAGAGAUUCCAAAACAAGACAAUGCAAAAUUCACCAAACUGUCAAGUGAAGAUGUUAAAGGUUUUUCUGAAAAGCUGAAAGUGUCAAUAAAAUCCCAAACUGAAUUCCAACCUAAACUGUUGGCCAGCCAUUCUGUGCCAAGCAUCAGAACAGAUGACAUAUUCACCAGCCUUAUGAUUCAACGUGGAUGGGAACCCAUUGAGAUGAAAGCAUCUGUAAGGACUGAACAGCUCGCGCAAUUCAACACACCAAAGGCUUGUCUGAUUGACAGAUGUCAAGACAUAUUCAUCAACCCAGAACAAGACAAGACCAAUCCAAAAUCCAUUCAAGUGAUUGGAAAACCUGGCAUAGGAAAAUCUCUUUUUUGUCAAAGGCUUUGUAGAGAUUGGGCUGAUGGUGCUUUGUUUCAAAGUAAUGAGUGUAACACCGAAACGUCAGGUGGUUUUGACUUUGUCUUUUUGAUGACCUUUCGUCAAUUGAAUCUUUUUGAGAACAAAGAGGUCAGUUUCCGCGACAUUUUGAACCACUGUUCUGUAGAUGAGCACUCAGUCAUAGAUGAAUCUCUGUUUGAACACUUGAUUGAACAUCCAGAAAAGGUCUUGUUUAUGCUUGAUGGUUACGACGAGUUCUCCAAUCGUUCAAGAAUAUAUGAUUGUCAAUUUGAACAGAAUUACCCAUGCGACCCGCGACAUCAGAUGCCUGUGGCUGCCUUGAUUUCCAAACUUUUAAGAAAGAAGGUGUUUAGUGGUUCUGUCGUUAUGGUGACAUCAAGGACAACAGAAUCCAAUGAGCUGGGAGGGAUACAUAAGGAUUCAUUGGUUGAAAUAGCUGGGUUUUCUGUUAAACAAGUUAAACAGUUCAUUGAAAGAUACUUCAAAUCAAAGAGGGAAGAUAUAAAGAAUGCCACAAAAGACCACAUCGUGAAUAAUGAAAAUUUGCUGAGUUUAGCACACAUCCCUAUGCUUUGUUACCUGAUGUGCUGGUGUCUAGAAUGGCAUAUCGAAUCUAGGAAACAAACAAGUCUCCCCACAACCAUAACAGCAAUUUAUUCAGAAGUCGUGGAAAUUUUUGAGCUAAAGCAUCAUUGUAAAUCACAAUACAGAGCAACGGAAGUACCCGAGAGCUACAAUGUUCCACCUGUGAUUACAGAUACAGUGGAGAAGCUGUCACAGUUGGCAGCCACAACAUACCUCACAAACAAAUUCAUAUUCAAUGACACAGACAUAAGAGGUUAUCAUUUGACAGAUGAGGAGAUGGACAAUCUAAAAUCAUGUGGGCUGAUUACCUGUGGACCUAGCUUCAGAACAGGGCCGCUCACAGUCACAAGAGAGUAUUGUUUUUCCCAUCUAACUCUGCAUGAAUACUUUGCAGCUCUUGGAUUUGUCAAUAGUGGUACAAUACCCAAGCUUAAAGCAAAGAGUGAUGAAAUGGUACUCCAAUUUUGUGCUGGUCUCUUGUCUCAAAAGGAAGGUGGGGUAAGGCUAAUGGAAACGGUAUCGACAAUACCAAUGUCACCAGAUCGCGACUCUAAGGAGUCUAUGGUUGCUGCAAAGCUUCUGCGUGAGUAUGGAGACAAAGAAUUUGCAUUCAAGAUUAUUGAAGAGAACAUAUCCUGGUUUUGUAACUUUGAUGGUGCCCUUUUUGGAGAUUUGUCUUCUAAUCGUAACUAUAGCUUACCUAAUCACAAUAAUUAUGAAGAUUUGGUAUGGUUGCUUGAGUGCCUUAACGAUUUCUGUAAAGUCAAAGAAGAUCAAAUGAGCUCACCUUCGCAGGUGUUCAUGAUAAAAGAAUUGAAGUGCAGCUUUGAGCCAAUGUCAGACGUAAAUAAAUUAGCUCAAUCACUAAAACACAUUAGCUGCCCUAUUGUCACCUUGAAGGUGCGUUCUUAUAGCUCUUCUGCCAGUGAUCUUGGGUCGCCGGAAUCUGAGAUUAUUGAGGCAUUACCAUUAACACGCAUAACCACGCUUCACUGUAAUGAUUUUUCUUACAAAGAUUUAUUAUACCUGAGCACAGUAUUACCAUCAACAUGCAUCACCACACUGCACAUUACGGGUAACAAUGUUACUGAUGAAUUAUUAACAUCACUUAGUAUAUCAUUGCCGUCAACAUGCAUCACCACACUUCAACUUCAGGGUAAUCAUUUUACUGAUGAAGGGUUAUCUUCCAUUAGUGAAGUUUUGCGAUCAACACAUAUAACCACACUUAACCUUUGGGGUAAUGGUUUUACUGUCAUUCAUUGUCUAUCAUUCCUCAUUGAAGCCUUAUCAUCAAUGACACAUAUCACCACACUACACUUGAAGGGUAAGAAUUUUACUGCUGUAGUAUUGUCAUUCCACAGAGAGGAAUCACCAUCAACAUUCAUCACCACAUUUCACCUCCUUUGUGCAAAUCAUAUUUGUAUUGAUGAGGAACUAUCAUCUCUUCUUACUCAAGCAUUGCCAUCAACAAAGCUCACCAUGCUUCGCUUAAAUGGUUAUGAUAUCUCCGAUAAAGUUUUAGCAUCCCUCUGUCAAGUAUUGCCAUCAACAAGCAUUACCACACUUCGCCUGGAGGAUAAUAGUUUUUCUGAUGAAGGGCUGUUAUCUCUCAGUGAAGUAUUGGGAUCAACAAAAAUAACAACACUUCACCUUAAGCAUCAUGAAUUUCCUUGUGGCGCAUUGUCAUCCCUUUGUCAAAGGCUACCAUCAAAUAUCAGCACAAUUCUCUUUGAGGGUAAUUGUUUAACUAAUGAAGUGCUAUUUUCUCUUACUGGGGUAUUACCAUCAACAAACAUCACUACACUAGAACUUAAAGGUUUCAAUUUUAAUUUAUCGCCACUCAGUCAAGCAUUGCCAUCAACACAAAUUGCCACACUACAUUUGGAGGACCACAUGUUCACUUAUGAAGACUUGUCAUCCCUAACUCAAGUGUUGGCUUCAACAAAACUCACCACACUUCGACUUAGUGGUCAUGGGAACUUUAUAGCAGAAUUUGCAUCCUUCAUUGAAGUAUUACCAUACACAAAAAUCACCACACUCCAUCUGGAAGGGUUUUUUUUAGAUUAUAAACAGAUAACAUCACUUUUCGUUGUGCUACCAUUUACACUCAUCAACACUCUUCUCUUUCAUUCUACUUCAUUUUCUGAUGAGAGCCUAUCAUCAAUAAGUCGAUUACUGUCAUGUACACACAUCAACACACUUCACCUUGGAUGUUCCAUGAGUUGCAUCUAUUGCAGUCUGGCUCGUGUCAAAAACCUUAUUUUCUUAAGAGAUUCAAAUCUUAUUACUUCACUUCACAUUACGAGGAGUAAUGACAAAGGGCUACAUCUUAGCCAAUUAUUAUCAUCUGAAAACAUCUACUAUAAUCCAUACGAUGGGCGUGUGAUAAGGAAGCCAGAGUGAUUUUGCUUUUUUUAUGUAGUCGUAAAAACUAGGGCAAAAGUCGGAGAAUCUGACUUAGAAAAGCCAGCAUUAAAUAAGAUUUCUACACAUAAGCUUUUUAGAAAUAGAUAAUAUAUAAUAUGCAUAACUUAGUUGAACUAGAAAUCUGAAUACUAAACAUAUACAUAAGCGUAUCCAGGAUUUUCAUUGGGGUGUCUUUACAUUGUCACUGUGACGUCAUUUGACAUGAGUGAUGUCAUAUCAAUCAAUGGUUUUUGCACGUUUUUGGCUUUGAAAGGGGGGAUCACGGGCACCCUGUGACCCCAUUUCCUGAAUACGCACCUGAUAUAAGUAGAUCUCUAACAAAAGAAUCAUCUAAAUUCGUAAUAAUCGAGUGGAUUUAUAGUAUAUAAAUCUAUUAUAUUAGAUUUAUGAUAUAGUUCAUACAUCUUAUUUUAGAAAUAGGCCAUUUGUAGUUUAGUAACUGGGCAAAUGAUUUUUUCCCAGGGAAAAAUGUUUGAACUUAAAAAAUUUGUAUUGCUGUAUUCCAUUCAAGCUUAGCUAAAUAUUGACAUACAGUUAUUGUAAUUAUUAUAUUAUAGUUACUUGUACAUAUCAUCAUUUUCCAAUAAACGUUUUCAUUUCAUGA